UCCCGCCAAUAUUUUGUCUUUCCGCCAAAUGUUCUGGACGAUCAUAUCCAAAGGCUCCCUGACCCCAGAUCCAAGUCAGCACAAGGCCAUAGAUGACGCUCGUGCCUUGGCAUCACCAGGCCAAAGUAUCGGGGACGAGUGUCACACGCAGCAGUUGAGCGUCGGCGUUGCCAUGUGGGCCGUUGCCCUUGAUUCAUUCUUCCUCAUGGGGUAUUGGGCCGAUCCAUGUUGGGCCAAUUACCCCAACAGUUAUAUAUGUAGAUUGAUGAAUUUAUGAUUGAAUUGACAAUAUAUUAAUUAUAUUGAAAAUAUUAUGUCAAGAAAAAAUUAAAAAACCUUUGUCAACAACGAGACAUAAAAGAAUAUAGGGGAUGUUUGGAUCUACUUCUUAAAACAAUUUCCACUUACUCAUAGAGUAGAAAUAGAUAUAUUCUAGCGUUUGAGUGAAAGUGCAUAUGUACUUUUGAGUGCUCCAAAUUGUUCUUAGAAGCAAUUUUUUAGAAGACACAAAAAAACUAGAUUCUGAAAAACUAAUGCUUAUUCCGCUUUGGCCAUUUCAAACUCCCUUAAGUCAUUUUUCUAAUAUUUCUAGUCGAUCAAAUAAGCAGAAUUUAAAAUAAUUGUAAUUUGUAAAAAUAAUUGACUAAGCUAAUGAGUCAAAAACAAAGUUGCAAAGCUACAUGUUUUAUGAAUUUGUAUUCGUAAUCAUCGAAGCAAAAGUGCAAAACUAAACAUGUCCUAGAGUUUGAGACCAACGAAUGUUUACAUGAAAAAGUAAGGGAAAGAUUUCACCUAAAAGACACACACACAGGCCACUAGAUGAAAUAGUUGAAGGCCACGCUGUCAACUUGACAUUCAACUCACCGCCCUAAACCCCACACGAGGGAAGACGAAGGGGGCUUUCUCCAUGUUCAUUGCAGUGCCCCCCAUGGUCUUGACGCUAUAACUGCCUAUAAGAAUAAUUUAGCUUCAUCAGCCAGUAGUGUGAGGAAGAUCAUCUGAUGAUGUGUUCAAGAUGCUCUCUUCACCCAUUUCUCAUUCGAGAUUGCUGAACAAGCUGUCAUAUGUGACUGGUUUUUAUGUGCUGAGUAUUGGAGAAUGUGUUCACAGCAUGACCAACACCUCAUCAACAGAUGUGGAAAAUUUGUACGUGUGGAAUCAAAAGCUGAAGAUGGCUUCGGUCUGUGUUCUUUAGCUCCUCCAAGCUUUUCUCAGCUAUCAUGUUUUGGAGCUAUGUCAGGAAGGUUUAACACUGCUGUAUACUACAAGAAGGGGCUUCAGAGAAACACCCCUGAUAUUUCCACAUCCAAAAUAUUAGCUGAAGUCGAACAUACUGGUGGUUGUGAUUCUGCCAUUUGCUCCAAAGCUCUUUCAGGGGAUGCGAUGGAACAAAAACUUCUUGAGUUUGAGGUUAAAAUUGACACGACUAGAUCUUCAAAUAGGUCCGUUGUAGAAUUCAAUGCAAAUCCCCUCUUCUCCAUGUCAGAAUCUUCUAAUGGAUGCCGUGAUGGGGACUAUUGCUUUUCAGAAGAACCUUCUAAAAGUGAUACACAAUGUUUAUUGAACCAAUGCCUACAUGAAUAUUGUUCAUCUUCAAAGUCAAAUUUGGAUCCUCAUUCAGCUUCCCUGAAAAAUGAUAUAGAUGAUGCUGGUGAGAGCUCCUCUUCUGUUGCACUUGACACUGAAGUACUGCAUGAUAAUAUGCCAGAAAGGGAUAUAUGCAUCUUAGUUCUCAAAAACCAUGGGCUGCUUGCAAGUGUUGGUAUUACAGAUGUUUUCACUUCUACCAGUAACUGCUGUCUGGUCCCCUGCAAAGUGUGUGGCUGUUCUGAUACUACACUAAAAAUGCUGAUUUGUGAUAAUUGCAAUGACACAUUCCAUCUCUCUUGCUGCAAUCCUCGUGUAAAGAAAGUACCAUAUGGUGAGUGGCUUUGCCUCCCUUGUUUGAGAAAGAAGAGAAAACUGCUGACUGAGAAUUCAAGCAGUAAAUCUGUAAAUGCUAGCAAUAAAGCUGGUGGCUGUAGCAACAUAUUGUCAAAAGGAGAAGCGAGACAUAUAAAUUCCAUGUUGAGAGAGACAGAACCGUAUCGCUCUUCUGCUCGGAUUGGCAUUCAGUUUCAAGCUGAAGUUCCUGACUGGAAUGGACCCGUUAAUGAUGAGGCUAGUCCUACCACUGAACUAGUUGAAAUGGAUCCUUCUACAAGCUCACAUGACAUCAGUGUUAAUAAGAGUUUUAGGGUUGGCUCUAUUGGGAAUUGGCUACAAUGCCAGGAGGUCAUAUUAGGUAUUGGGAAGGGUAUUGAUGGAACUGUUUGUGGUAAAUGGCGCAGGGCCCCUCUUUUUGAAGUUCAAACAGAUGAUUGGGAGUGCUUUCAAUCUGUUCUAUGGGAUCCAGCACAUGCUGAUUGUGCUGUUCCUCAGGAGCUAGAAACAGAGGAAGUUAUGAAACAACUAAAGUACAUAGAGAUGUUGAGACCACGGCUUGAUGCGAAGAGGCGCAAAUUGGAUUGCAACAAGCGUAGUGACUUGCAAAAUGGUACAGAGACUUGAAAAUCUUGUAGAGUUUGAACAUGCAGAACUUAGGAAGUUUUAACGUGCACAUAGAUAGUAAUGCCUUUUGAGCUGAACAAUCAAUCAUUAACCGCAUGAUGUUAACAGGUCAAAAUGAUAAUGGUCGCCCAUUUCUCUUGAUUUCAUAUUGGAUAUUCCAUCCUAUGUUAUACAUAGUAUUUUUUGUAUGUUUCACUUUUUUAGUUUG